AUGUCGCGAUCUCAGAGCCCGUUUAGUAACACUGCAUUCAAUUCUCUGCCCAUCGAACUCAACAAAGCCAUCGUCCACUACCUUUACGACGACAAGGAUAUCGCGACAUACCGGUUGAUAUGCCAUGCUACAAAUGAUGCCGUCGACGCCGACCGUCAGUCAUUCUGGCGUGCGAAGUUCCGUGAAAAGUAUGAUUUCUUGGAGGGCACACCUAACAACCAGCUGCGGCGCAUGUAUCAGCGCCGGUCCAAGCUGCUGCGAUGCGGCAACAAGUACGGCUUCUUUCGUGGCCAUGGUAAAACUGAAGCCCGGGUUGUGAGGGUGUUGAAAGAUUUGAUCGUUGAAGCCUUCCACGGUGCCACCGAAUUUGAUGAGCAUGGGCGCCUCCGUUGCAAGAACCAUGCUCAACUCAUACAAUUCAUUUUCGAGUCCCGUCUGCUAAAUAAUGACCGGCGACCCCCCACAGUCCGCCGUGGCGAGCCUGCCCAUGUUGAUGAGACACUGGCAGCUGUCAAGCUGAUAUGCUCUCAAUUCAUCUUCGAUCUUCCAGGCCUAGAACACAACAUAUUCGCACUUGAUGAAUCACAAUUUGCCGUUUAUCAAUCUGCUACUGACGCUCCCAUAUUCCUGGACAACUACAAAAGAUUGAAUUUGGAAUGGGUUCUCCAUAGCAUGAAUUUCUUCCGCCACCACAUGAUGAACGAAGAAGCCCAAACCCUCUUCGACAAAAUCGACGAGUUAGAUGCAACGCAAAAACCCUCACCCUGGCGAGAACUUCUCCACCAGGGUGCUCAGCCACUAAGCAGGUACUGGAAAGGCACAUACGCCUUCCUCGACCACUCCGAAGUCCAACGCCUCCGCAAGCAAGGCCCAGGCCACGAAAUCUACAUUGACAAAAACGUCGACGAAGGCAAGAUUCAAUCCCUCGAACUCACCUUCGCACAAACCACCCAUCUCCCCAACGGCCGCCCCCUUCCCUGGCCCCCUCUCUUCGAAUCCUGCCUGCACUCCGUCCUCCCCUUCACCAGCGCCCAACCCCUCCAAACACAAGCCCGUCACUCCUCCAAACAGCCCCAAAACAUCCAAUUCGAAGGCCAAGGCCAAGACCUUGACGACGAAUACCGCGCUCUCGGUUGGCUUAACGCUCUUCCCCCUCAAGGCGGCAUCCCAGGCUGGCAGCGUAUAACAUUUAUGAAGCAUUUCAGUGAUGAUUACGAGGAUCCUGAUCAGGAUAAUCUCUGGGCGUAUGAGGGGGUUGUAGUGCCCGGUGGGAGGAUGAUUUUGGGGAGGUGGUGGUUUGCGUCUGAGUCGGCGGUUACUCAGUUGGAUUAUAAUGGGCCGUUUAUUCUAUGGGCGGUGGAUGAACAGGAGAUGGAUGGGGAGGAGGAGUAG